UAGAAAUAGAGGUAGGGAUGGAGGUAGGAAUGGAGGUAGGAAUAGAGGUAGGAAUAGAGGUAGGAAUAGAGGUAGGAUCAGGGUGGUUUCGUUUGUUUAGUAGAUAGUAGUUUAAUACUUGAGUAUAGAUGUAACCAGUCUGCUGCAGGUACUGGACUAUAAGACAAUGGAUGUCUGAGGUUGGAUGUGGAGGACCGGCUGUUCUGGUUGGUUCAGGGAAAGAAGGAAGCAUAAAAACAAAUGGGAGGGAAAGAAGAGAUGAAGAAGAGAUAAAGAAAAAAAGACUACAGAAGGGAAAUAAAAGGAGAAAUUAACGGGGAAAUGUUUAGACUAUUAGAGGAAAUAUAGAUGUGGUUUUAUGAGGAAAUAUUUAAAUGUAUCUUUUUUUUCAUUUCUCAGAACCUGGUGAUGUCAGGCUGGUGGGAGGAGCCAGUCGGUGUGCUGGUGGAGUGGAGUGGUACCACCAGGGAGAGUGGAGGAUUGUGGGAACUGUAACUGACAGUAAAAGUUUCAGGAAGGAUGCAUCCACAGUAGUGUGUAGACAGUUGGGUUGUGGCCCACUGAUUCAGUAAUACCUGGAAACACCACUAGAGGGACGGCUGUUUCCUGUAAAGGACAUGAGACUGCACUGAGAGAAUGUUUGAUCCAACAGGAUGUUAUUUCCUAUUCAUUCACAGUGAUCUGCCGGGAAUCUGUGAGGAUUGUGCCGGGACUUACUAUCUGCUCUGGGAGGGUGGAGGUGAAGUCCAAUCAGACCUGGGUCUCAGUGUGCAAAGCUGAAUUUGACCAGCAGGAUGCAGAGGUGGUCUGUAGGGAGCUUGGCUGUGGGGCUCCUCACUUCCUAUGGGGGGGGCUCUAUGCAGGUGAGGGUCAGACCUGGGAUGAAGAGUUCCAGUGUAAAGGCCAUGAGACCCGUCUUCUGGACUGUGAAACCUCAGACAGAAAAAACCGCACCUGCAGUUAUUGUGAAACUGUUGGAAUCUUCUGCUCAAUGCCUGGUGGUGUGAGGCUGGUGGGCGGAGACAGUCGUUGUGCUGGUGAAGUGGAGUGGUACUAUCAUGGAGAGUGGAGGAUUGUGGGAACUUCUGACGAUAACAGUUAUAGGACAGAUGCAUCUGCAGUUGUGUGUAGACAGAUGCGUUGUGGCUCCAGUGUUUCAGUCAUACCUGGAAACACCACUAGAGAGCCUGGAGUUUCCUGUUUUGGGACUGAGUCUGCACUGAGGGAAUGUGGGAUAGAUAAGGAUUCUAUUCUAAAUGUUACUUUGUCUUCAUUCACAGUUAUCUGCUCAGUCCAGCCUGAUAUCUACCUGACUGACUCAAUGGGAGGGGUCUUUAGGGGCCACCAGGAGCCUGAGAUGUUCAGGGGCUCCAACUUCACCAUCACCUGCUCCACUCAGCCACAGUACCCAGGAGGCUCCUUCCUCCUCACGUUCAUCGGCUCCAACAGAACCCAGACCCAGACCCAGCCAGCUGUCAAUCACUCAGCUGUCUUCCUCUUCUCUGCUGCAGACGACUCCCACCAAGGAAACUACAGAUGUGUUUAUUACAAUUAUGUUUUCUCUCAUAACUUCUACUGUGAGAGUCAGCUCCUCUUCCUCACCGUCACAAGGACUGAUGAUGUGAGGCUGGUGGGUGGAGAUAGUCACUGUGCUGGUGAAGUGGAGUGGUACUAUCAUGGAGAGUGGAGGAUUGUGGGAACUGUGGACAUGAACAGUUUCAGGAAGCGAGUAGCUGCUGUAGUUUGUAGACAGUUGGGUUGUGGUUCUACUGUUUCAAUAUCCCCACCUGCAAAGAGAAUUCAUGGGACUGGAUGUCAAUGCUCUGGGUCUGAGCCUCGACUGAGGAACUGUCUCACUCGGUUGGCUACGAACUUGUUUUCAUUGUCUGUGGUCUGCUCAGACCACCAGGGGGCAGGAGAGAGUGAAUAGGGUUCCCAGCAUGGAUCUUCUGUCAGAUCCAAAGUCACCGAGACCGUCUCCAUGGAAACCAGAACUGAAGAAGGGCCUGGAGAAGAGUAGGAUGACCCUGGUGACCCUACAUGCUGAUUAGGAAAUCAACCUGAAAUCAAUAACCUUAUAUAACUUUUAUAACUCAUGAUCAGAUUUAAUUCAAACAAGAAUUUUUUUUAAAGAAAUCAUAGUUUUACUUGAUUUUUGCAUGAUGAUGUUUUUAUCAGAUGAUGUGCUGUUAUUUUGUUUAAGGUUUUCUGUUAUUGUUUAUAAUCCAGGUUAUAGUUGUGAUGUUAUUUUUACCACAGAUAAUGAUAAGUGUUAGAGUGACAGUAUUGUCCUUAGUGCAGCUGUGAUAUAUUAUAGAUUGUGUUGUAUGCAAAUCAGUUAAUCCAUAAUUAAGUAAAGUUAAUCAAUAUCACAAUGACAUGAUUGACUUUAAAAGGUCAUUUUGACAUGAUAAUCCAUGUGUUUCAUGUGACCACAGAUUAUUUUACUGUUAUUUACUCUAUCCAGAAAAAUAGCUGUUGCUCUAUAAACUGCCAUGUAAUCAGUGUAUACCUUUAAUAAACUCACAGGCUGA